CAGUUCAAUGUUGCAGUAUAUUCAACAUCAACAGUCGUGACAAGACGAUCUUGUCGCUCUGAUGACGUGUUGACUCGUUAAAAAUCAAAAAUGGCAGUCAAGUUUGUCAUUGUAAUUGUUGCGUUGGCUCUUUGUUGCGCGGCUGAACCGGUGAAAUGCGGACAUAAUAAUCUCACAAGAGAGACAGUUAGUGGAAGCUGGUUUGGUUUUGAGCUGCUGAUAACCCGACUAGAAAUUCUCGAACAGAAGUUAGAAAAAUUUAAUAUUCUCGAACAGAAAUUGACAAAAUUAGAUAUUCUUGAAACAAAGUUAGCAAAAUUAGAUACUCUUGAACAGAAGUUGUCCAAAGUGGACCAUACAUUGCAGAAACAGGCAAAAACUGUAUUCUGGUCAUGUUCGGAAGAACCAUCCAAAAUUUCGGGGAAAUAUCGACUUCAACCCGAUUUCUUUAAUCAACCGUUUGUAGGUUUUUGUGAACAGGAAAAACAUGGUGGUGGAUGGCUCGUAAUUCAGCAUCGUUUCGAUGGAUCGGUUGAUUUCUACCGCAAUUGGACGGACUAUAAGAAUGGGUUUGGAAAAAUUGAUGGCGAGUUCUGGAUAGGGCUCGAAAGGCUGCACAUGUUGACAAAGGAUAAAAAUGUGACUCUGAUGGUGGAAAUCGAAGACUAUGAUGGCAAUUAUGGUUAUGCUAGAUAUGAUGAAUUUGAAAUUGGUGAUGAAGAUACAAAGUAUGUGCUCAAACGAAUAAGCGGGUAUUCAGGGACUAUAGGAGAUUCGAUAAUGCUUAAUGACAGGGGGCGCAUGUUUACAACGCGUGAUAGUGAUAAUGACAUAAACAGAAGUGAAAAUUGUGCAAUAAUAUCAAACGGAGCUUGGUGGUAUAAUAAUUGUAGCCUUACUAAUCCAAACGGGCCAUACCACAAGAAAGCAGAAUGGCCGAAACUUUUCUGGCGUCACCACAGAGGCGGAGUUGCGUUGAAGUUCUUCAGAAUGAUGAUCAAAUAAACACAAUUUUUACAUAAAUAGUGCACGGCUAUUGUCAUACAUUCCUUAUAUCAAAUAAACCCUCAUUUAUUGAUAAACAUUUUAACAAAACUGGAGUGAUAUAUCACGGCAUUUCGCACUCAAAAGCAUCUAACAAGAAUCACUUUCGUGGCAAAAGAAAUCCAAUUGUUUUGGCAGGGUUCUAGUUUGUUUCCACCCAAGUGACACACAUGUUACAGAAGAGUCACGGCAGUGCAGGUUUUGGCUACGCAGAAGCAACCGACGAUGGUCAGCUCAGCGGUAAUAUCCGGGAACCUCGGAACCAUCGGAGGAUCGAGGUAGUACAUCACGAGAAGGAUCGGUUUUGAUCGGCAGCUAGUAAGUCUUUUUUGCCGGGAGAAAAUCCAUUCGACCAGCAGUUGCCUGUUUUCAGGUCGUCCAAGCCCCGUGAGCAACCAGACCAGACCCCGCAUUUUCUCUGGUUCUUACGGCCUUUCAUGCGACCGUAGACGGCUACGUAACUCCGAUCUGACACAUGCUCGGGAUAUAGUUAGAGCAUAGGUUCCUAAACUUUCAGGUGCGUGACCCCCUCUGGCCAACAGACAUACUUUUCGCGACCCAUCACAGACAUUCCCUCGUUUGUUGUCUGUUACAGUAAAAUCUUCGACUGUCCCUCGUGACCCCCUGAAUGAAGGUGGACGACCUCCCUUGGGGGGUCGCGACCAACAGUUUGGGAAACCGUGCGUUAGAGAUAACCGCACGGCGCCAAUCCAACCACCACUCCGCACG